AAGGCUGCAACAUGUCCAAUCGGAGGGGAUUUUCGAUCACUGUCUGCAUUAUUAUCUACAAAUAUUGCUUUGCCGAUAAGGCCAAUAAUCUAGAAUGUGCCUUAACUUUUAGCUUCUUUAUACUUAGUCUGGUUUAAUCAGUUAGCCCUUGUUUUUGGUCAGUAUGUAUGAUGAAGAGGUGAUUUAAGCUCAGAUGUUGAGAAUUUGAGUUUGGUUAGAGGACCUAAAGCAGAUAAGCUCAAAUAAGAGCUGUUUGUUCAACCUUGUAGCAAAAUAAUAUAACUAAACAAAAGCAUUGGCAUUCAAUCUCGUAGAAUUUUAUGUUAAUGUAGCUAAACUUCAUUUAAGAUUUUGAUGGCUGACUUGAUUUAUCCAUUACUAACAGACUUAUUAUUCUCUUCUCUAUUCUGUUUUCCCAGGCUUGAUAAUGCCUCUUCUAAUUAGUUUAGACGUUAUGCAGACAUUAUGAUCUCCUCCCCCUCUCCAAUAUUGGUAGUUUUAUUUCUGAUUCAUAGUAAUAAUUUCAUCUUGUUAAUUGAUUUUUAGCAAAGCUUUAUAAUAUUUUAUCUUCUACAUUUGUGCAGGAGUAAGACUUGCAUACAACUCACAGAUGAAAGAUGCUGGAUUCUGUGAUGCUGACUGGGACUGAGAAGUGUAUCAACUUUGGAUUACCAGAUUCUCUUAUUAUUAGGCUCUGUAAAUGAAAUUAAAUGAAACCAAGGCCGCAAAAUGUCCAAUCGGCGGGAUGUUUGAUCAAUGUCUGCAUUUUUAUGUACGAAUAUUGCUUUGGCGAUAAAGACAACAAUCAAGAAUGCGCCUUAACUUUUAGCUUCUUGACACCUGGUUUAAUCAGUUAAUCCUUGAUUUUGGUCUGUAUGUAUGAUCAAGAGGUGAUUUAAGCUAGAUGAUGAGAAUUUGGCUAGAGUUCCUAAAGUAUGCAUUAUAAUACUAUCCUGUUUUUUAAAUUAAGACAAGCCCAAAGAAAAGCAAUUUGUUCAAUCAAUCUUGCAGCAAAAUGAUAUAAAUAAACAAAAGCAUAGUAUUCAAUCUUGUAGAAUUUCUCUGAGAUUUAUAAUUGUAUGUUAUUGUGGCUAAACUUAAUUUAAGAGUCUGAUGCUGAUUUGAUUUAUUUAUUACUAAGAGAUUGGUUAUUCCCUUCUUUAUUUUGUUUUCCCCAAGGUUUGAUAAUAUCUUAUAAGCCCGGUCCAAAGGAGAAUAGGCUCGAGAGCAGCGAGUGAAUCCUAAACUUGUCUCAUGCCGUCCGUAACAAUGAAUAGAUAAUUGUUUUGGGAGAACGUAAAAUAGAAGUUACCAAGAAGAAAGAAAAAAUUCCAAAUACAAAAAGGACUGGCGUCUCCGGAGACUGGAAGUCAACUAUCAAAAACAAUAUUUUUUGCCCAAUAAAAAAUAUAUUUGUUGAUGCACAAGAUUAGAUAAAGGCAACCACACGAUAAGUUGCUGAAAAGAUUACCCUUGUUUCCCUAAAACGAUUUUCCGUUGCCUUUCUUUUUUCUUUCCCUGCUCUUAGAGUUCAAUUAUGGCGGAAUCAUUUCUCUUCAAUAUUGCAGAAAGGGUUCUGGAGAAAAUAGCCCACCUGGCUGUGGAAGAACUUCGUUUGGCGUUUUGUGUCAAAAGCGAUUUGAGAAAGCUCCAGGAGACCAUGACCAGCAUUAAAGCUGUGCUUUUGGAUGCUGAGAGGCAGCAGCACCAGAAUGAAAAGUUGCGCCUCUGUAUGUGGAAGCUCAGAGACAUCUUUUAUGAUGCUGAAGAUGUGCUUGAUGAAUUCCACUGUGAAGCUCUACGGAAACAGGUCGUAAAUCAUCCAGGCAUCAGCACAAAGGUACGAUUUUUGGCUUCAUGCUCCUUCCCACUUUCAUUCUCUUUAAAAGUGGGUCAUAAAAUCAGAGAGAUCCAUCAGAGGUUAGACGAACUUGACACUGAGUGGAAGAGCUUUAAUCUAGGACAGGGUGGCGAUAACCGACAUGUUAUUCACAGGGAGACUCACUCUUUUGUGAAUUCUUCUGAUGUCAUUGGUAGAGAUGUGGAUAAAGAGAACAUCAUCAACCGUUUGAUGGAACCAAGUAAGGCUGGAGACAUCCCUGUCAUUCCCAUUGUUGGAAUUGGGGGUCUAGGGAAAACCACACUCGCUCAACUCGUAUACAAUGACGAUCGGGUUACUAGACUUUUCCCAUUGAAAAUAUGGGUCUGUGUUUCUGAGGAAUUUACCCUUGCUAGAUUGCUCAAGCUGAUUAUUCACUCCGUAAACGAAAAAGAAAAAUGUGAUGAUUCAACAGUUGAGGCCUUGCAAACUUGUCUGCGACGUCUUUUGAAUGAUAAGAAGUUUUUGCUUAUCCUAGAUGAUGUGUGGAAUGAAGAUCGUGGGAGAUGGAUUGAGUUUAGAGAUUUAUUGAAGUCAAUGGGUGACUUUUCUCAAAGUAAAAUCAUUGUGACUACUCGGAGUCGGGAGGUUGCCAAAAUAAUGAGUUCAAUUCACCCUUAUGAAUUAAAUGGUCUCCCUCAUGACGAAUGUUUGACUUUGUUUGCAAAAUGGGCAUUUAAUGAUGGUGAUGAGAGACAGCAUCCAAAUCUGAUGAGAAUAGGAGAAGAA